AUAAAAGUCAUUCUGACAUCAAUUAAGAGUAUAUAUUCGCUGACGUCAUUUCAAAUAUAGAACUAAUGCAUUUGCGUAUAAACGUCUCGCAUAAUUUACUCAUUUAUAUGUAUGUUGUGAAGGAGUAAUAAAGAAAGUUUUUCCAAUAGCGCAAAGCAUAAAGUAGUUUUUAGCGGUUCGCCUUCAUAUUUAGUUGUGGCUGUCAAGUGUAAAGAGACUAUUUACCGUUCGGAAUCAAUCAAACUAAUACUAUUUUAAAGAAAUCGAAAAAGUUUUAAAAAUAAUAAAAAAGCAACACAAUGACCGACGCAAUAGCACCAUUUCUUAAAAACACAAUGCCGACCACUCAAAUUGAGAUGACCUUGAGCGGACGAAACCUAAAAAACACUGACAUUCUCAGUAAGAGUGACCCUUAUUGUUUGAUUUCAAUGAAAGAAUCUUGGCAGGAUAAUUUUCAUCAAAUUGCCAAAACCGAGACGAUACAAGACACAUUAAAUCCCGAAUGGGUGAAAAAGGUGAUAUUAAACUACAAUUUCGAGUCAAUUCAGAAAAUUCGAUUUGAAAUUCGUGACGAAGACUAUAAUGGCUCUGAUUUUUUGGGUUUCUAUGAAACGACAGUCUCGGAUUUGGUUUCGUUUUCCGGACGACAAUUUGUUGGCAAAUUGAAGGGAAGGACAGGUGAAAAUUUCGGCGAAAUUAUUGUGGUAACUGAAGAAGUGAUAAGUUGCAAGCAAAUCGCUGAAAUUCAAUUUGCCGCCCAAAAUUUACCAUCAUCGAUGUGGUCUUGUUUGGGGCAUACUAGAAGUCCAUUCCUUAUCAUUUCACGUGCAAAUGAAGAUGGCAAAUUUUCAGUUGUAACAAAAACUGAAGUUUUGACCAAUACACAAGAUCCGAUUUGGAAAGCAUUUACCAUACGUGUGACAACGCUCUGCAAUGGUGACUUUGACCGUACUCUUAAAAUUGAUUGCUUCGACUAUAAUAAUAGCGGUGAUCAUAAAUUGAUUGGUACCUGUUAUUCGUCGUUACGUCGAUUAAUUUCGCCGAAUGAACCACGUAUGGUUCUUGACAAUGAACGAAAACGAAAACAAGAUCCAAGUUAUUCGGGUGGAUUUUUGAGAGUAAAUAAUAGUCGGAUCAUGGAAGAAUUGUCAUUUUUAGAUUUUAUUCGAGGAGGUACUCAAAUGCAUUUUGCCGUUGCCAUCGAUUUUACCGCAUCAAAUGGUCCACACACCGAUCCAAAUUCAUUGCAUUACAUCAGUCACAAUCGAUUGAAUUUCUAUGAAAUUGCAUUGCAUGGUGUUGGCGAUAUUAUUCAAUACUAUUCCAGUUCAAAACAAUUCCCAGCUUUUGGAUUUGGUGCGCGAAUACCUCCAAAUGGUCAGGUUUCACAUCAAUUUCCGUUGAACGGAAAUCCAACACACCCAUUCUGCAGUGGCAUCGAUGAGAUCCUCAUUCAAUACCGAAAUCAAUUGAACUCCGGAAUUCAAUUUUAUGGCCCCACCAAUUUUGCACCAGUCAUAAACAAUACCAUUUCGAUUGCCAGUGAAUUUCAAGACGGUCGAAAUUAUUUCGUGUUGUUAAUCAUCACAGAUGGCCAAAUAUCCGAUAUGCAUGAAACGAAACGUGCCAUUAUCAACGCAUCAUUACUUCCGAUCAGUAUCAUCAUCGUUGGUGUAGGAAAUGCCGAUUUCGAUAAUAUGGACGAAUUGGAUUCUGACGAUAGACUUUUACGUAUCGAUGGCCUAUGUGCCAAAAGGGACAUUGUACAAUUUGUGCCUUUAAAUAAAUACUUAAUGAAUAACGGACUAAACCAAUAUAUAAAAUCACAAGCCGACCUAGCUAAAGAGGUAUUGGCCGAAAUUCCUGGUCAAUUGACGGCAUUCAUGAGAUCCAAAGGGUAUAAACCACAAAACACAACAGAAUAUGUGCCUCCAAGUUCUUCGACCAUUGUGCCAACCGCUCCAAUGUCUUAAUUUUUGAUAUAAAUGGGUGUUUUUGCUCUUUUAUCGCACUAACAUACAAAAAUAUUAUGCCUUAAGCUUAUAUGCAUGUUUUUUUUGUAAAUUAACGUACAAAUAUUGAACUUUUUAUACGGGUAUCUUUUAAAAGAGUGUUCCACUUUACGUAACAACUCAUUUCGAUAUUUCAAGAACUCACAAUCAAUGCUUUUGCGUAGUGCAAGAUUAGAUAUAAAUUGAUUAAAUCAGUCGUCUUUAUAUUCAUCAAUAUCAUAUAAUUAUUUUUGGAUAGAAAAGAUCCGUAAGAUCUUCGUUAUUCCGUAAUGGUAUGGCAUGCGAAUCAAAGUAGGCGAAAUAAGAAUAACGAAUUUGCGUGCGUAUAUGUAUGCAUCAUGCGGCAGCGUACGCACGCUUGGAUCUGGAUCUUGCGGGGAUCUUACGCAUCUAUCCUAUCCAAUAAUUUCUUUGAUCAAAAAUGUUAAUUUUACUUUGAAAUUUUGAAUUUUUCUUCAACUUUUAGUUACGAUUAAAUUAAAAAGAUUUCGAUUUAUUACAGAGAAGAUAUUCGCAUUGUAUACACAGAAAACGUUAUCAUUCAAAAUCAAUUUAAAUACAGAAAAACAAAGAGUAAUAAUCAACACAAUAUAUAAAUCCCCACAUAAAGUUUAUCUCGACUUCUGUUGACAUAUUUACACUUAACUAAUAUUUGUGUGUGAAAUAGUUGAUUAAAAAACACCACUCAGAUUAUAUUGCUUUUGUGGAAUUUUUAAAAAAAUUACAUUUUCACAAUGACUUUUGGAUUUUUGAAACGUUCAAUUGAAUUGCGUCGCGCGGUGCAACGUUAGUGCCUUUAAUUGCAAAUUCCAUCUUGCGAUUUUUCAGACUGUCGGUCAAUUCAUAUUUGAACUUUUGUAGCAUGAUAACAAGUCCGACUUGUACUUGCAUUUUUCCCAAUCUUAAUCCAAUGCAAUUGCGUGGUCCAUCUCCGAACGGGAGAUACGGUCGAUUUAUUUGAUUUUUUCCAGCAGAAUUUUGUUCGUUAAAACGUUCGGGAUCAAAAUUCUCUGGGUUUGGAUAGUAUUUCUCAUCUCUGUGGGCUGCAAAGGAUGGGAAUAUGAUGAGAUCACCUUUUUCGAUAAUUUUAUCGGUGUCGGGAAUUUGAUAGUCUUUCACACAUUUUCGCGCAACCGUGGGAAAUACAUUAUACAUUCGCAAUGUUUCUAAAUACAAAAAAGAAUAAAAACAUCAGUAUUCAAAAAUUGA